UGCAGUAUGCCUCCUCCGUAGACAGUCCAUGGACAGCUUGAAAAAUUGAGACAAAGUUUGGGGUUUUGUGCCGCUGGCAGCCCCUCUGUCAGGACUUUUUCUCUGUGCAGCCGUGGUGUGCUCAGUCAUAAAGUUCAUGACGGUUGCUGACGGUGACACUUUAGCGCUCAUCAUGCCUGUCCGAGCAGAGUGCUGCAGUAUCCCCGGCUCGGCCUGCACAUCCUCGGCCUCUCUUGUUCCCCCUGCCCCGAUCAACACCUCCCAGCCGGGGGUGGCCAUCUCGCUGCUGUACAGCGGCUCACAGUUUCGGGGCUUUCAGAAAAGCAAAGGCAACUCCUACGCCGUUGAGGUUGUUUUGCAGCAUGUGACUGUGGAGGACUCCUAUUUGUGUGGAUACCUGAAGAUCAAGGGGCUGACUGAGGAGUAUCCCACUCUCACAACGUUUUUUGCUGGUGAAAUUAUCAGUCGAAAAAGGCCUUUUUUAACUAGAAAGUGGGACGCUGAUGAAGACGUUGACAGAAAGCACUGGGGCAAGUUCCAGCCUUUUUAUAAGUAUGCCAAAAGCUUCAACUCAGACGACUUUGACUAUGAGUUGCUGGACAACAGUGAUUAUGUCUUCAUGAGGUGGAAGGAGCAGUUUCUAGUUCCAGACCACACUAUCAAAGACAUCAGCGGUGCCUCAUUCGCUGGCUUCUAUUACAUCUGUUUCCAGAAGUCCACGGCCACUAUCGAGGGGUAUUAUUACCAUAGGAGCUCAGAAUGGUAUCAGUCACUAAACCUAAACCAUGUUCCAGAGCACAGUAUUCCUAUUUAUGAGUUUCGGUGACAAACACACACGCAGGUAUCGAGUCGAGAAGGGGACAGUUCAUGCUCGCCUGUGGUUAAAUAGGACGGGAACAACAGAGAAGCCCUUUGGUGCCAUGAUCGGAGCUGACACGUUUCCACACUGCUGGGAAAUACAACGUGGGGUCAGACACUCCUAUGGUGGACGGAAAGAAAAAGGGCACAGGAGGAGGAGAGAAAGACAGAGAUCAGUGACGGAUGAUCGAUUCACUGUAGAGCUCAUGUUUACCUCGGAUUAUAUUUUUUAUCCUAUUUGUCCUAUUUUUGGUCUGUUUUAUUUUAAUGAUGUGCUUCCCAAUUUCUUUACUCAUAAGAUGUGUCCCCUUGUUGUUGGACAUGGAAAUCCUACAGUGGAUACACUCAACAUAACUGCCUUCUGAAUGAGAGUUGCAAUAGAAAAGAACAUUAGGUUUAUAUAAAUAUUAGAGUUUAGAGAGUUUAUAUUCAGCAAAGCCUCAAUUUAUUAUUCUAACAUCACUUUGCCGCCCCGUGCAGAGAAGGAUGGAGGGGUUACAAAAGCAGCAAUGAUGAGCAGUGAUUCACUCUUUAUGCAAGGUCUGUAAGACUGUAAGUUAGGUGUGUUGCUCAGGGACGGUGCGAUGGGGUAACGUUUACAGCAUUGUUGAUAUAUUAACCAUCAAUUUCAACUUCCAACACAGUCAAAAACUCAACAAAUAGUCUUCAAAUGACUUCACAUCAAAAUGUCUUUAUGCAAGCUAAAGGUCAUCUACUUUAUAUUUAUUAAUUGUCCAAAUCAAGAACAACCUUGAAAUACAAUGCUUAAGAAAAAGCUUACAGAAAAAAAUUAUUUAUUUAAUGGCCCGCAUUUGAAGCGUGUGACCGUACAUUCCAACUGUGCAUUUUGACAGACUGGACAAUUAAUGAAUAACGAUUAAUACGAUGAACUGAUUUAAAUAUGAAUCUUCAACACAGUUUGCUAAUGCAAUAUUUUCUUUGGUUUUAUUCACAUUUGUUACUUCCAUUUUAAGAAGCUGUUAGCUGUAGGGCUGCUGUCAUUACUGUCAUUAUUAAUCCACCUGCCGAUUAUUUUAUAUGUUCUUUUUAAUGUCUUGUUUUGUAAGUCCCAAACUAUUCAGUUUUAUAUUAUAUACAUUCAACACAGAAGCUGGAAAUCUCCUAAUUUCAGAGGCUGGAAAUGGAUUUUUUGGCUUUACCAAAUUCACAAUAGUUGGAAAAAACAUAAAAAGCUUCAGAUAAUAUAGCAGGGUAUCUACAAUGUGUAACAUAAACAAUUUUGAUUAAAACAAAAAGCACCUUUUGUGGCUCAUGGAAAAAGGUCUGAAGUAGGAACAAUAAAACCAGCUGCCUUACAAUUUUAAAUGUUUGUUAAGCUCCAUGUUUAGGUUGAUAUGGUUUUAUUUGAACAGAAUCAAGACAGUAUAUGUCUGUUUGAGAGAAAUUGUGCAAGGACUUUUUAUUAACUUGAGUUUAUUUCUGAAAAGGGUUGAUGGAGCGUGCAUGUCCUCCGCCUGCCGCCUCUGUGCUGCUCAGAGACUUUCAGCUGCAGCAUGAGGAGCGGAUGUGAUGUGUUGUGAGAUUAAUGUUGGCACUAUAUAUUUUUUGUACCCAAUUAUGUGGAUUGAAGAUGAUAGUCUGCUUUUUUAUUAAUCAUAUAACAGAGAACACAAUGUGCAAUGUAAGAAUUGGAUGUUUAUAUGGGAGUGUGUCAUUCUAAGUCUUGGUUUAAUAAUCCUGAUUUAAAGAAGACGAUGUAUGAUAAAUCACCUGUGAGUGAGGAGAAAUAAAGAGCUAACUAUUUCAUACAA